ACGCGCCCCAGUGCUGUGCGCGACUUUUGACGAUGCAUCUCGCGAACGCAUCGAGGAGCACCGUGAAGCAUGUCACUACUUUCAGGGUCACGAUGGCCAACCGACGAAGCCGGUAUACCUGAGAUUGAUAGCGCUGAAAGUUUCGCAGACCUGGUCGAUAAGUUGAGCCAAUACUUCGAUCGAACUAUCAAGCUUCCUCAUAGCUUCGAAGCCUUCCGGACAAGCCAGUACGGUCGCGUGUUGACUCCUCUGAUCAACCACCUAUCAAAUCACGUACACCACCCAUCCCUGGUGUCUGCCCUUCUGGCUCUCAAAGGUCACUUUUCUGCCCUUGAAGAAACGAGUGACGAGCCAGGUGUUAAUCAGGCCAGGGGAUUUGCCUGCGAAUUUGUGGCAUGGCAAUUCCUGAACAGCCUUACUGAUCGGGAUGUCAUCGACUUUUUGCUACUCGAGUUACCCCCUGCCCUGUCCCCCGACAGUGAAGCUCCUUCGAUCCCCAUCGACCGUACCCACCAGAAUGGCGGUAGCGCUACUCAAUACAGCGAGCGGACGCCCUUGCUUGACGUAGACAAUGGCGAUUAUUUUGGUACAAGAAGUGACGACGCCACAAAUCCAAGAUUUGGCUCUUUGAGAAGCCAAUGUGAGAACCUCUCUGCGCUUGAGAUUGCAGCCGUUGGUGGCGCCAAAAAAUUCCUCAGUCAACGGCCGGUUCAAAAGGUCAUUAAUGGAUUAUGGCGCGGAGACAUUGUUUUUUGGGAGACUUUGAGUGCAAACUCAGUAAAACGGCCCAGAAAGUAUAAUCGCAAGCAGGCUGAUCCUUUUUCCCGUCUACGCGUACCUCGAUAUCUCAAGAUAUUCGAGACUCUCUUCUUUGCCAUUUUCUUGGCUCUUUACUACGCAGUAUUGGUACACCGAGAGGAGGAAAGAGUCACUGUGUCUGAAAUUCUGCUCUAUUUGUGGAUAGCAAGUUUUGCAUAUGACGAGUUUGCUGACUGGAUUGACGCUGGACAAACGAAUUUCUACACAUCAGAUUUCUGGUGGACAUGGGAUAUAAGUAUUGUUGUUGUUGGUAUGGCCUUUUGUGUCCUCAGAAUACUGGGCCUAUCAAACCACGAUAAAGACACUAUCGACCUAGCUUACGACGUACUUGGGCUGGAAGCGCUCUUCCUCGUCCCACGUAUUUUCUCUCUAUUGAGCUUGAAUCCUUACUUCGGGACCCUGAUUCCCUGUUUGAAAGAGAUGACCAAAGAUUUUGUCAAGUUUCUAUCGCUGGUCUUAAUCUUAUAUCUAGGAUUUCUUACUACAUUCGUUUUACUCGCUCGAGAUCACUUCAAGCCACAGGAGAUGAGCUGGAUUCUGAUCAAGGUCUUCUUUGGAUCCAGCUACCUCGGCUUUGAUGUCGCUCAAGAGAUAUCACCCUUCUUCGGUCCACCUGUAAUGCUUGUCUUCAUCAUCUUAACCAACAUACUUCUCAUCACGAGUUUGAUCUCCCUUUUGAGUAACUCGCUCAGUAAGAUUCUCGAGCAUGCGCGUGAUGAGUAUCUUUUCAUCUACUCAGUCUACGUUCUUGAAGCAUCAUCUUCGAACCGACUAACCUACUUCCUACCUCCGCUUAAUCUUAUCCCACUGUGCAUACGGCCUUUUCGGCUCAUCUUGCCAUCUGGAAGCCUAAGAAGCGCACGUAUCGUGCUGCUCAAGGCGACCCACUUACCAUUUGUAGGUGUCAUCUGGGCGUACGAACACCUGGACGUCUAUCGCAAGCGUGACUUAGGGCCCAUGUCAUUCAGUGGCCCACAGACACCUACGGCAACAAAGAGACCUGCGCGAUUAGCAGUGAACUCGCCGCGCUUGCUCAGAGCAGACACCCAGGCAACUUCCAGUAAUGCAGCAAGGACGCAGUCCACAGGCCGAUCUCAGCCAGGCGCAGCGCAGGUAGAACCGGAUGCACAACUAAGGGCCCUCGUCAUCAACCUUACCACACAGGUUGAAGCACUAUCGGCUAUUGUUUCUCGGCUUCAAGAGCAACGCGAACCGAGCGCGGUCGCUUGAUGGCCGGCGCUUAUAGUUUUCCGCAGCACACGUCUACCCGAAGCGCACUCGCUCUAACUCAAUGUAAAAUGAUGCAAUGAACUAAUGAGUCACAUCUCUUCUUUGAAAGCAGUAACGGAGACCACCGCCAACUCGGCCCUGACAGUUGUGGCUAUAAUCUGAGUGCGUUGUGGCUCCACCCAAACACAAACAGGCACCAUUUCCAA